UGUCCUUGCGGUGACCUGGGCCCCCGCUGCCACGCGAGGGCAGGCUCGCCCAGCGGCCUAGCUCCUGCCCUACGGGCCGGCGGCCGAACCUGGUGACCGCUGGCCGUUCUCUCCGCCGCCUCGAGUUUUGGAGGACUCGAGGGCGCGCCCCCGGGGCCUCCCUCGGCGUGACUUCCUGGUGCGGGCACCGCGGACGGGUCAAGUGUGGACCUGCUGUGGGCGCCAAGGAGGGGGCACAGCGCACCUCCAGCGCCCACCGAACCCCUUCGGUCCCCGGGCCGUGACCUUGCCCCGGCGCUGACCCCGCGGCCACCUGACUGGGAGUGGCCACCGCCGGCCUGCAGCGCUUCGGCGAAGGUGAGGUUUGUUAUCAAUAUGAGAUGAAGAGGUUUUAUGCAAUUAAAAGUCAGAAAGGACUAAGAUUCUUGGAUGAGGCUAUCCAAGGUCAAGUGAAAGAGCUCUGGAGGGGUUACCUGAGGGGCCUCAAGUUUGCUGUAGCUAUCCAGUCCAUUCGCUGCUACUCCCAUGGGUCACAUGAGACAGAUGAGGAGUUUGAUGCUCGCUGGGUGACAUACUUCAAUAGGCCAGAUAUUGAUGCUUGGGAAUUGCGUAAAGGGAUGAACACCCUUGUUGGCUAUGAUCUGGUUCCAGAACCCAAAAUCAUUGAUGCUGCUUUGCGGGCAUGCAGACGCUUAAAUGAUUUUGCUAGUGCAGUCCGCAUCCUAGAGGUUGUUAAGGACAAAGCAGGACCUCAUAAGGAAAUCUACCCCUAUGUCAUCCAGGAACUUAGACCAACUUUAAAUGAACUGGGAAUCUCCACUCCAGAGGAACUGGGCCUUGACAAAGUAUAAACCCCAUGGAUGGGCUUCCUAAGGAUUUAUUGAUAAUGCUACUUGAUUGUAAACAAUCACCUGGAAAUACUGAUGAAAACAUAUUACCUUAUUUGAACAAGUUUUCCUUUGUUGAGUACCAAACCAUGUAAUGUAACUUGGACUUUAAUAAAAGGGAAAUGAGUUUGAACUGAAA